ACCCAAGGGGCCUGGGGCUCGCCGUGCACGGAGGGACUGGGAAUCUAGUCGCCGGCCGGCUUGAAGAUGGCCACCGCUCUGCAGCGCAUCGAGCGGCUGUCCAGUCGGGUGGUGCGCGUGUUGGGCUGUAACCCGGGUCCCAUGACCCUGCAAGGCACCAACACGUACUUGGUGGGGACCGGCAGCAGGAGAAUCCUCAUUGACACUGGAGAGCCAUCAGUUCCAGAAUAUAUCAGCUGUUUGAAGCAAGCCUUGGUGGAGUUUGACACCGCAAUCCAAGAAAUCCUAGUGACUCAUUGGCAUCGCGAUCAUUCCGGAGGCAUAGUAGAUAUUUGUGAAAAUAUCAGUAAUGACACCACCUAUUGCAUUAAAAAACUUCCACGGACUCCUCGGAAAGAAGAAAUUAUAGGAAAUGGAGAGCAGCAAUACGUUUAUAUAGAAAAUGGAGAAUUGAUCAAGACUGAGGGAGCCACUCUCAGAGUUAUACACACCCCUGGCCACACCGAUGACCACAUGGCUCUAUUCCUGGAAGAGGAAAAUGCCAUAUUUUCUGGGGAUUGUAUCCUAGGAGAAGGAACAACGAUAUUUGAAGACCUCUAUGAUUAUAUGAACUCCCUGAAGAACUUAUUAAAAAUCAAAGCUGAUAUUAUAUAUCCAGGACAUGGCCCAGUAAUCCACAAUGCUGAAGCUAAAAUUCUGGAAUAUAUUUCUCACAGAAAUAAGCGAGAAGAACAAGUUCUUACAUUAAUCCGUGAUAACUUUGAAAAAUCAUUUACAGUGACUGAACUUACAAAAAUGAUUUACAAGAAUGUUCCAGAGAAUUUACAGAAGAUGGCAGAGCAUAAUCUCCUGCUUCAUCUGAAGAAACUAGAGAGAGAAGGGAAAAUAUGUAUGUAUGCUUCUGAGUGUUAACGCGUUUACUACCGGCAUUCAGACGUUUCUGCAGUUCACAACACAGAGCCUGAUAAGAAGUGGAGAGCUGUCCUUUAGUGUCAGGCGGCGAAGCUGGCUUGCUUGCUGGUAGAGGGUGGUAUGUUCUUUUAGCUGUAGAUUAUUCAUAGAGAAUAUCGAAUGUGGGACUUUAAAUAACCCUCAAUAUCUUUCUAAAGUAUGUAAAUUAUAUUGUACAUCUGUAGGGCAGGUUAUUGAUGUAAUCUUGGCCUUGGAACAUUUUACUGAAUCUUUGUCAAUUUCCUAUGCAUUAAGUAAAAUGGUUACUUAAUAAUAAAAUUUGCACAGUUCAAAGUAGUUACUACUUGAGUUUGGAUAUGUAUUAGCAUCUGUCAGCAGCACAGAUGUCUACAUACUCCUUUUCUUCAACCCUGUCUAUACCUUAUACAUACCAAGUUUAUUUCAUGUUUUUCUCAAUUAUAUCAUUUCGGUAUUGAUUCUACAAUUCUGUGUUAUGUUUGUUUUCUUACGAUGGCAUCCAUUAAUGAUUCAUAAGUUUAUCAUUGAAAAAAUAUUAAACAUACCAACUUGAAA